AUGGAGAAAGAAUUGAUUCGAUUGUUUGGAGCAGUGAAGAAGGCGGCAGACGCAGCGGCGACUUCAACCGCCGGCGAGCUCGAAGAAUGUCAAUGCCUUGAUGCGUUCAAGCUGCUCAAGAAAUUUCCUGUCAACUAUGAAAUUCUGGUAGCAACCCAAUUGGGUAAACAUCUGAGAGUUCUAACAAAGCAUCCCAGAAGGAAGAUCCAGGCUUUUGCUAUGGGCAUAGUAGAGAUAUGGAAAGCCAUAGUCAUCAAGGGAAUAAGACAGAAGAAGAAAGAAAAAGUUGAGAAAACUCAUAGGACUGAGACAUCAAACUCCGAAAAAGGAAAUAUUAAGAAUGAGAUGUGA